CCCAGGAGAGCGUUAUGUUGCCUGGAAACUCCACUUAACAAGGUCAGAGACAGGAGAGAGGUAAAGAGAGACUGACACCUCCAGCAGUCCACCGAGGCUGCUGGGCUGCUCUCUCUCCAGGGCACACGUCAGGUCAGGAUACAGAGCUGUUGAUCGGCUGCUAUCUCUUCACGUCUCCAUCAGGAUGUCAGCUAUGCACUGGGAGGCCAGACGGCGUCAGAAUGCUCUGGACCGCAGGAUGGCCAGAGACAAACCUCAGCUGCUGCAGACGGGUUCUGAGACCAGCCACAAUGCAACUGAAUCAAACACAACACAAGAGCAAACAGCUGGAGGCCAGUGCCCCCACUGUAAGAAAGACCUGAUGACGCCUGUGCAUCACAGUGCUAAGAUCCCCAACAGGUACUCAUCUUUACAGUACGCCCAGCAGUGGUGAGGACGACGAGGAACUGAGCUGAAUCACCGCACCAAGUCUGGAUGCUCUGAACAGCAGCUCUGCGUCUGCUUUUGUCGAAACUGCACCAGUGUGAGAUUGCCGUUGGUUUAAUAUGUUAAUAUAACAAAUAUGACUUAAAACACGUCUCUUCUCCAAGCACUACUGAGCUCAUGGUCAUCUGGAAAAUGUGUCCUGUCCUAUUUCAUAGAUCAUUUCUCAGUGAGACCUUCAUACCGUACAGUGAGCCAGUAAUACGUAGUCAAAGUCAAAUAUCCUCAACAGUUGACUGAAUAAACUCAUGUCAUACAAA